UGUCUUUAUCUGCAGCCGCAUCGAUUGCCGAUAGACAGUCAGCAAACGUGGUGGCUGAUUGUGGCGUCACAGCCCCAUAUCAACGCGUUGCCGGUCAACGCGCCCACGCUCAGCUCAACUUGCGACCAGCAUCUAACCAACUACAGUGACGCAAUCCCACAGCCGCUGAACACAACUCAACUCAACGCGAUCAAUCGCAAAGUCAUCGCGACUAUCGUGGUUUUCGCUGCAGAGUCAUGGUAUCACCCAACAAAGAUCCCUACGACUUUCCAGCUUCCCCGUUAAGAACCCGAGACGCCAUGACUGCAGAGAGCCCUUCCAAGGAAGAUGGUUUGGCCCAUCGCGAGAAGCCCGACACUACCAAGGCUUCUCCUGCUUUGAGAACCGGCACUCCUCGUGGAAAUACUCCUCGGGGCGCAACCCCACGAACUUCAUCCCGAGUUGGCACACCCAAGGCUGGCACUCCGCGCGGGACCCCCAAAGUCAGCACCCCUAAGACAGAAACCCCCGCGAAGAAAUCUACAGCCGUCGUCUCCGAUUACCCUGCCGAACCCGCCGAUAAAAACCCUGAGGAGAACGGCGACAAGCUCAAUGGCGACGAAGUGAACGGUGUCGAGGUCAACGGCGAUGCGCCAAAACCCGCCAAUCCCGGUUUUAAGGAAGAUGUGGCCAUUGACGAGUUCAUUGAGCAUCGUGUCGACCCCGACAACUCGACCGUCGACAUCAAAGUCAAGUGGGAAGGUGGCGAAACCACCUGGGAGUCAGAAUGGAGUCUGCAAGAGCAGGUCCCCACGCUCGUCUACAAGUACUGGGAGAAGAAAGGAGGCCGAGAGGAGGCGACCCAGCUGGACGUCUACCACGUCUUCAAGAUCCUCAAGUGCAUCCCCGCCGCUGGCAGGAAGAAGACCAGCUACGAAGUCCAGUGGGUCGGCUACAAGCAAAACGACUCUACCUGGGAGAACGAGGAGAAGCUGCGAUUGAUCGCACCGGGCGAGCUGGAGAAGUUUGAGGCUAAGCAGUUGGCUAGCGGCGCUUCUGCUGAGAAGCGCAAGACUGUACGCGGACCUGGACGACCUCGCAAGAAGCCGCGAUACGACGACUGAGGGACAAUUGGGGGAGGGUGGAGGCGAAGAGGGUGAAGCAAUUGAAGCGAUUGUGGACUAUUUACACUUUGACAAGGCGCACGCUUCGGCGAAGACAGCCAAAAGGACAUGUAGAGAGUAUCUGGGCGCACACGAUGGAUAUGUAUUUACUGGAACUAACAACACAUUAAUCAGCCCUCGUGUCCUCCUCCUUGAGCAAUGGGUAAUGUCCGUGAUCCUCCUUGAACGACAUGAGCGAAAAUUGCGCAAUCACAAAAACCCAGUAUAGGUUGUAGGCCAGCA